AAAUUAUUUCUGUAAUGAGUGAAAAUCUCAAUUUCAGAUUCUUUUAUAGUCAAUCAAUUUAAAUUGACGCAGAAUUGGUAGCACAUCUGUUGAAGGUGUUCAACAUCAUCGAUUAAUGUCCAGAAUCUCUACAUUGUCGAGCUCACCGAAUGUUUUUUAUUUUGUAUUGCAGAAUGAAAUGUCAGUUGUAUAGAGAAUUUGUAAUCUUCGCAAUAAAGUUUAGCAAGUAGCAACUGACCAGUAAAACGAGUGGAAAGAAUUAAUGCUGGCUCAGCAGUGAAGUGAAGCAAGGUUUUAUGAACGCUGCUGAACUAUCUUACUGAAUUACAAAUAAAAAUAUGUCAGCAAAGUGCUUGAGAAACUGGAGUGGUAGUUACAGAGCAUGACGGUUUGAUGUUCGUGCAUGUUGGAAAAACAUACUAUGCACUGGAGGCUAAGACCAUGGCCACCGACGAUUUUCUCCCGGGCCCACCGUCCUGGGAUUGCGACUGCUACAGCGGCGGACCACCAGAACCUCCGCCUCUGUUCCACCUUCCGCCGCCUCCUAAACCCCCCGGCAUCAACGGUCCUCUGGAACACAGUCUCGCGGAUGACUGCAACGGGCCUUGGACGUGUCCGGCGCUGGCCCUCGAAGCCGGCACCAGCUUUGGAUCCUCGCAAGAUGGAAGUCUGCCUCGUGCGUCACCGGAAGUGUCCAUGCCUGCUAUAAUCAUCAGCGCAUCGGUGCUGGGGCUCUUCUUCUUCAUAGCCGCGGUCAUAUUCGUCAGCAGAAUGUGGCGGUCCUACAAAGCUGCCUCCAAAAAAGCGAGCUGUGACCUCGACGCUGCAGAUCUUUACGAAGAUUUGCCUGUUGCACCGCCCCUGCUUCCGGGACCUCUUCACAUGGCGCACAAUAAUUGUCCUCAAGCGUUGCGGAUUAAGAACGAUGGCUUCGGCCAUCACAUGGGAGCACUUCCGCAGCUUCCUGAUAACCAGACGCACGUGUAUUCUCCGGAACCACGGACUGAAACCCCGUCAGAUCAUCUUUAUCAUCAUAUUUCAUCAGGGAGCGAAACUUUCAGCUUCAGCACCGGCGAGGCGCCUAGCAACGCUCUUCUCCCUCAAAACCUUCAUCUCAUUCACAACGAGGAAGACGAGGUUUGCUGCUCGUCCUCUGCCCACAGCUACAACAGCAGCGCAACGGGCACCCCAACCUCCUCCCCAACUCCUGCCCACUCGCAGAACCCCAGCGGUCGGUUUGUGCGCGGCGUCAACUUGAACGGACCUCCCAUCGUGUCCAUGUUACCUGGCUUCCCCUCCGGCCACUGCAGUGGGACUCGGCACAAACAUGUCAACGGCGGAGGCCAUCAUGUCGCUUCGCUGCUGCCAUCCUCUGUUUAUUCUAUCAAUCAUUGUCUAGACAAUCAGCAACACAAUCCUGCUGCCAACAAACAUUCCGACAAUAUGGUUCCGCUGGCACAAAUUUAUUCUCCCGGCAGCCACUUGUACGAAGCUGCAACGCUCAUAAGACCCAGCGGUGAUCAUACGGCUUCCAAUUGCUCCAUGGUGCAUUGGGGCAACGUGCCAGCUCCGUAUGUUGAUGCUCCCUAUCUAGCAAAGCCCACGAAGCAUUCCAAUAAUAAGCGCGACAACAAAAAUGUUCCGUUUGUACAUAAUACUAUGGCGCAUCCACUUGAAUAUGGGGCAAAGAACGUCGCUGUUCACCAUGGGUGCCCUAUGAGGCAGUACUCGCCUCAACAUGGCCCUGGUGUAAUUCAGUUCCAUCCAUUAAUGGUGCACGCACAUCAAACGCAUGUUCAUGAGUUUCCCCAACAAUAUUAUCUCCAGCACUCCAAUCAUUUACCUUUGCCGCUGAAUUCAUCCACCCUUAUGCCUAAUGCAAAGUUGGCUAAAUCUAUGUACGAUAUGGCGAGGUCCAAGGAUAUUACGCCUACCAACUCUGAUCCAAUCGACUCUCUUUAUAAUACGAGCCCUCACUCCGAUCUCGACCUAAUCGCGACAACAUGCUUUUCGACACAAGCAUCUUUACCCAAUCAAAAUGAAUACCAGACAGCAUUAGACGCUUAUAACCUUAAUGUUUUGCCUGGCCAGAGGCAUCGCCUUCCUGAAGACUCUCUGCAUGGGAUGGGCGUGAGUGACUCUUCCGGUUCGUCUCAUCCCUCGAGUUCUAAUGACGGAGCCGCCGUGACCGAGUCUAGUAGCCUCAAUUCCUCUGGCACGUCGUCAUCCACGCUUCCUUUAUCAACUCCUCUUAAUAAUACCAUGCGUAGAGACUUGCCUCCACUGCCGUCUAGAGCCGACAGGUACAGAAUUUAUGCCCAGAAUAACGAGGCAGGCUUCGCGAAUAGAUCGAAUACGUGUAGAAGAUCGGCGAAUAACAAUAGUGGCGAUUCUACUGCUAGUGAUAGUUCUAGAAAUUUUAAAAGUUGUGAUGACCUGAAAAAUGUCUCGACUGUUGACAAUUCUCGUGUGAGUCUUCGUCAAAAUGGGAAUGAAUGCGGAAGACGAGGUAUGGAUGACCCUAACGUAGCAAACAAUAAUUUAGUGAGUGAUGGCGCCGUACAAAUCGAUGCAUCUGACAACUGUUCUCUAGACGAGAUGGAACCAGAAAUUGUUCGAUCUUCUCGAGCAGGAUUUUUAAAAUCUUCAAAUAAUUCUAGGAAAUCGACCCCUAAAAAGAAGCGGCGUGGUCAUGUCGAUGAAGUUUCUGAAGAAUACGAGGAGGAUGUGCUUUAUGAUCAUUGUGGUGACACUUGAUUAUAGGUGAACAUAAGAACGAAAAUUCUUGAUUAAGUGUUCUAUCUACUCUUUCUGCUCACUCAGUGUUAAUCAAAUUGCAAUGUCAAAGUGUUGAAUGUAGCUCCAUGUUAGUGUUGGAAAUCAUGGUAUUUUAAAAUUUAAUUCUGUCAUGUACUGAUUACUAAAAGAAAACCUAUAGUCAACAUAUCACUAGGCUGUAGUUGACUCUUGCGAGACCGAAAAUAGGAGUGUAUGUAUAUUCUCAAAUUGCACAUUUUCUUAGUAAAUACUUGUACCAUUUGUUUGCGAGCCUUACGUUUUCUUGUGGGAACCGUAUCAUUUAUUUGGGCUUCAUUUGAAAUUUUUACAUUAUUUAAAAUUCGCGUUCUCCUUUCAAGGUUAAAAAAUGGUUACGAAGUAACUAUUUAUUCAACAUUAUCUGGCAAAUUUGAAAUAAAUUGUUUUCGUCUUCGUCAUUUUCCGUCUGCGGUAAUUUUUUUUCUGCGGGGAAGUUAUUUUUUUUUUGUUUUAGCGGAUAUACUUUCAUAACUUUUUGACUUCACUGUUUCGUUGCCAGCCCACGCAAUUUGAUAAAUUUAUCAGAUAUAUUGCGUUGGACCGAAAAUGGUGAGAAUAUUUGUGGUUUGAAUUUUAAUGUUUGUCUUGAAACGUUUUUCUUUACUCUAGUAUGUUACGUUCGACGUUAUUUGAGGGUUGUGUAUUGCUGUUGUUGUUGCUAGUCACUAGUUUGCUUGUUGGAUACUUCCAAAAUUUUUUAUAUUUUCUGCAGGUGACCAUCUAAUUCACAGAACGUGGUUCUGUGAUUUUCGAUCACACUGUAAAAAAUAUUCGUAUGUGACUACUUUCGGUGAGAGGUUCUCAUCCGGCUUUCUAAUAUAACCUUAAACUUUUAGCUUCAACUAAACGAUCGUCAUUUAUGAAACUGAUGAUCACGGAACUUCAAAUCUUUUUUUUUUGACAUCUUAUUUUCCUGGCUUUGUUUUCCAUGGAUAUCAGCUCUUGGUAGUAUUUUUUACCCGUCCAAUUGAUCGGCCUUAUGCCCAUUUGCUUGAGAAAUUUUUCAAACUCUCGCUUGAUUUUUGAUCUCAGUUUCGUGCCCUAAGUAAGUUCACGAUUUGUGUCUACAAGUGAUCGUUGCAUUACAAUGUUAUCUGUGUAUUUCAUUCAAGUAUUCAGCAAUUGGAUUUUUUUUCGCGGAAAAAGCUAUUUUUGUGAGAAAUAUUGAACGGUGAAAUAGGAAGAUUGUUCUUGAAUUCUAGAAUGUCCACCGUGCCGUUUUUUCAAAUAUUUAUUUUUUACAAAUUGGCGCUUGAUGGAAUUAUUUGUAUUAGUUCAGACUUAAUUCUUUUUGAACAUUUUUUCUUGGGUUCCUUCUGUAAUUUACGUAGUUCUUGAAAAUUUGUAGUUGUUAGGUUUUUAUGGGCCAUAUUUACGAAUGAUAUUAAGAUAUGACAAGUGAAAAUAAAAAAAACGUUCAUUUCCGGAAAUUAUCAUUUUAUUUUUUAUAUCCAUUGGAGAAUUAUAAAUAUUACUUAAAGAGGCAUUAGUUGUGUGACCUGACUUUUACAUUGAUCUUUUGAACAUAGGUAUUCGUAUAGCUGUUCGCAGUUCAUCCCAGUCAUCUGUGAGUGAUGAAUAAUUUGUAUAAUAAGUUCAUCCUUCUACUUGUUCUUGUUCUACUUGGAUAUAUUUUUCUUUGACAUCCAUAUUAAUCUCCUCACUCACGCACUUCUUUUAGAUAUGCCAAAAAUUAGCCGAUGCUGAUUUAGUGAAAUUCAAAAUUAAUGAUUUCAUGAUAGAUUCCCAGGAAAGUUAUUUAAGUCCAGUAGACGUACUUUUAUGAAGAAUUUUGUUCCCAGGACGGACAAGUUCUCAUCCUUGAUUUUGGCAAAUAUUAUGUCCAAGUCGCGCAUUUCAUGCGUUGGGCUAGAAUUUAGCGGCUACUUUAUUAAUUUAAUUGAAGUACCUAUGUAAAUUGUAAUACGUCAUUUAAUGCCACGCCAAUGUCCAUUGUUUCUGUAAGGAAUUUUAUCUACUGAAUUGUAUUUGUGGGAUGUGUCCAUGUAGGGAAAUAUCAACCAAGUUUUUGUCUGUGAUUCCCGCUUGGUUGACGCUUGGCUUGAGUGCGCGAAGUUCGUCCGUUUUUAGCAACCAAUUGCCAACCAUGUUAAUCCGAUCCGUUUUCCGCAUCAAAGUUCAUAUAGACAAGUUCCCAUGAAUUUUAAGGUAAUGUGUUAUAUUUUAUUUUUGUUCUGUGAUAUUUGUAAAUUUACAUACUUUUCUAAUAUUUUAAUACAUAUACAAGUCUUACGUGCUCAUU